UCCAGUGUCUAGAAUUGGUCUACAAGAGCUUUUGCCCUCAUUUCUGUUAAUUUUCCAAUUUCCAUGUUACUCUUUAUCUAACUAUAGAAAAUGAGCUACUGCCAUAUUGACGAACGUGAAUCAACGAAGCUUGAGCGAGCCAAAUUGUUUUGCGCCAGUUAUCUUGCAGCAGAUUCGUUCGUAGUUGGUUGUGCUUACUGGGCGGCGGUGACCGCGGAGUCAUGUCUAAUGUUAGGGACAGUGAUACUUCGCUUUGGCUUCAUAAUAAAUUAGGAACAUCUAACGAUACAUGGAUUAAUGGAUCGAUAUGCUCACAGCUGAAUGUCUCAGUACUGAGAAACAUUCGUGAGUGUUUUGUAAAUUUGCAAACACAAGUAAAAUUGAAGCUUCUUUUAGCACUUCUUCACACUCCAAGAAGGAACUUAGAAGAAUGGAAAGUCGACAUCGAGGAAAUCCUCGAGAUUGCUGCUCUGGACUCAGACCAAUGGGUAUCAAUGCUGGCUGAAGUCAUGAAAACAUUCCCGGCAACGGGGAAUUUCAACACGGAAAUCGGCAAUGUCGAGGAGAAUAGGAAGAUCUUCGGUGACCUGAUUCAGGAGCUGCAGAAGCUGGUGCGGAAGACACUGGACGUCGAUCUGCUGCCCCUGGAGUGUCACUACCUGAACCGGGCGGCGCUGGCGGCCACCACCGGCCAGCUGCCGCAGCCAGAGAAGCACUUCUCGCUGCGCCGGAAGCCCAAGUCGGCGGCGCUGAAGCUGGAGCUGCUGCAGAAGGCCCAGGACAUCAGCGCGCAGCUGAAGAAGACGGUGGUGCCCUCGGUUCCGGUCCGCUCGCGGGGAAUGCCGCGGAAAAUGGACAACUCCGCCCCUCUGCGCGGCAUACCGAGCCGGCUGCCUUCCGGCGGGUUCACCGGCACCAGUAACCUGUCGCGCCUGUCGGCGGCCGCCGGCGCCCCGGCCUCCCGGCUGCCCCGCACCCCGGCCGGACGCAAGGAGGGGCGCGUCAAAAUGCUCGACAUCAACGAACAGCCCAUCGGCUUCCAGGCGCAACUGCAGCAAGGCAAAAACAAACGGAAAAAGCUGCCCGAGGACGAGGAGCAGCCGAAGGAGGCGGCGCCGGCCCCUGCUGCGGCCGGCGCGCCGGCCUCCAAGCGCCAGAAGCCGGCCGAGGAGCGGGUGCCGGCCACGCCCGACUACGCGGCCGGUCUGCUGUCGGCCAACCCGCCGACUCCGGCGCCGGUGCCGGCCGCCGAGCCGCCGCCGCAGACCCCGCAGGCGACGCCCACGCCGGCCACCAACGGCGUGUCGCGGCCGACGCAGGCGGCGCCGGCGGCCGGGCUCGUCUCCGCCCAGUCCAUGUACCAGUCGCAGCCGCCGGCGUACGAGCCGUCGCAGCCUGCCGUCCAGCCGCCGCAGCCGUACCAGCAGCAGCAGCAGCCCGAGCAGCCCGGGCAGCAGGUACAGCAGCACGUGCUGGUUCCGCGGGUGGCUGAGUACAGCAGCCAGCAGCCGGCGGCCGCCCAGCAGCAGCAGCAGCAGCAGCAGCAGCAGCAGCAGCAGGUGGCCAUCAUCGCCCAGCCGCAGGCGAACACGCAGCGUCGAGGGCUGACGCUGACCCGCGAGCAGAUGCUCGAGGCGCAGGAGAUGUUCCGUACGGCCAACAAGGUCACACGGCCCGAGAAGGCGCUCAUCCUGGGCUUCAUCGCCGGCUCCAGGGACAACCCGUGCCCUCACCUGGGUAACGUGGUCACCAUCAAGCUGUCCGAGGACCCGGAGACGCUGCAGCCGAGUGAGGGCGCCGGCCUGGUGCCCAUGGUGGCCGAGACCCACUUCCAAAUGAACUACUCCACCGGCGAGUGGAAGCGCAUCAAAAAGUUCAGCCGCCGCGACGGCGUGCCCACGUGAGAGGCCGCCGACCGCCGGCCGUGUGCUGAGUGACGCGCUGCUCGGGGCCGGUGGCGGGGACGCCGCGCCGGUCCGGCCGGGCAGUGGUGAGCAGCAGACAGACUAACCAACCGCGCUCACCUCAGCCCGCCACCGGCCCAGCCACUUCCUCUCUGUGUUGUGCGCUGGAGCAAGCUCUCGUGCGUUUUGUUUCUCCGUGUUUUGGUGCCUAUGCAUUAAUGUGUCCGUGGGCUAUAUUGCCCAAGUAGGUGCGUGUGCGCGCGUGUGUACAAAGUUGUUAUAUGACCUUAGCGAACCGCUGGAGAUAUGGAUAGGUGCUGGUUUACGGCGCUCACCUGACAGAGCGUCCCGGCCCGUGUGAGGGAGCACCUGAACGGCGCAAUGUGCCGCAGUACUGCCAGGCACGGCAACGGGGCGGGUCCCCUCGCAGCGUACCGGCUGACGCGACUAGUGUACCGUGUACCGGACUGGCCACGACCACAUCAUACACAUAUAGCGCCGUAUUUUCGCCAGAUUUGGAGCCGUGCUUGUACAAUGUCCUCCAGAAUAUAUGAGUUUGGAUAAUG